ACCACGGUGUUUGAAGUCAAUGAAAUAGAUUGAUGCACAUUGCAAUAUUAUUUUUUUAGUUCAUUUCAAUAAUAAAAUUAUGUUUUUAUAAUAAAAUCAAGCAAAAUCAAUGAAACCUUCAACGGACUAACUUAUCAAAGACAUCCCGCCCAUGCACCGAGAAAUUCGAGACAAGUAACAUUCAAUAUCCACUGCAGGAUGGAUCCAUCAUGUUCACAAUCCAAGUGUGAUAUAUUUGAGGGGCCCGGCCAGGCGCCCUUCUCCAAUGCAGAGAAUAAGACUGAUAGGCAAGCCAAUAUGGUAGACAAGGAACUAAACAGUCCAAGUAGUAGUAGGCAGCCGAUCGACGACAUAGAACGUGAGGAUUUUGAGGAGGAGAAUCGUAUCAUCAACCAAUGCUCGAGCAUGCUGGUGGAUGGGAAAAACCCAGCUGCGGGUCACUUCUCAGGCGGCCUGAGCGGCAACUCGAGCCUGGCGUCCAGUUCGGAGGCCAUCGCAACAGAUCCCAUGCCCAACGACUACAGCUUGCCGGGCUGCAGCAAAAGCAGUGACUGUGAUGAUAGCAAUACUACAAUUAAGAAUAUGAUUCACUCUCGGAAACCUUACGUGGUGGCGGUGGAGGAGCCUAAAGUCGACUUUAUGCAGAAGCUGUUAAGCAGUAAUACUCAUGAGAAGAAAGACUUCCCUAAAGGGAAAAUGUAUAAAGCCGACCAAGAUCUCGAAAAUGAAAGCGGUGCAUGCGGUCGGGAUGCCGGGGCGGGGAUGAGUUCCAAUGCGUUGAGCAACAGCCCUCUGUCGGACAGCACCAAAGACUUCAGCGUGCCAUCAACGUCCAACGCUGACAAGUUGCUCGGCCUCAGUGACAGCGGUAGAAAGAAUGAGCCAGGGAGUUCAAAGUCAUCGGACUACAAGCAGUACUGUGAAGGUGACGAUGAAUCGGAUGAUGAUAUGAAUGAGGAUACCUGGUGCACUUGCCUGUCGUCUCAUGAGGAUGAUGAAGAGGAUGAUGAGCCCGAUCCAGAUGCGGAAAGACUAUGGAGGAAGAGACGGUACGAGCCGCCGCCGCCGCAAUGCGCCAAGAAGUUCUGCUCCGAAGGCAGCAGGCAAAGCCAGGAGGCCUGGUCUAGGACCCUGGCUGCCGGCAUGCCAUCCACCAGCUCUAUGCAAGGACCUCCGGAGAUGGAACAAUGGCUUAGCAGGUUCCAGUCAUGGUCGAACAAUGAGAAGAACCUGGCCAUAGAUGCGUUGAUCAGCCGCUGUGCAGCCAGCAACGUGCGGUAUAUGAUGGAGUCCAUCGAGCCGCUGUUCCAGCGGGACUUCAUCUCGCUGCUGCCAAAGGAGCUGGCGCUGGCUGUGCUGGGCUACCUCCAGCCGAAGGAUCUGCUCAGGGCCGCGAGGACUUGCCGCUAUUGGAGGUUCCUAGCUGACGACAACCUGCUCUGGAAGGAACAGUGCCGCCGGAUUGGCAUCACCACGCUGAAGAAGAUGCCUCGAUCGCUCCCGCGGUGCGCCAGUCCUUGGAAGGCUGCUUACAUGCGUCAUUAUCUGAUCGAGAACAAUUGGCUUCACAAGUCAGUCGCCAGCCCCAUCGUGAUGCGAGGACACGAUGACCACGUCAUCACUUGCCUCCAGUUCUACGGGAACCGCAUUCUUAGUGGAAGCGAUGACACCACGCUGAAAGUCUGGUCCGCUGUCACUGGCAAGUGCCUCCGUACACUAGUGGGUCACUCUGGCGGGGUCUGGUCCUCGCAGAUGGUGGGCGAUCUGGUGAUCAGCGGUUCCACGGAUCGCACACUACGCGUCUGGAACGCCAAGUCCGGACAGUGCCUCAAGGUGCUCGCCGGACACACGUCGACUGUCCGCUGCAUGCACCUCUAUCAGAACAGGGUGGUGUCCGGAUCCCGCGACGCUACGCUGCGUGUCUGGUCAAUCCCGGACGGGCGCUGCCUGCGCGUGCUCGUCGGACACCUUGCCGCCGUCCGGUGCGUGCAGUACGACGGAAAAGUGGUGGUGUCCGGCGCCUAUGACUACUUCGUGAAGGUCUGGAAUCCAGAAACUGGGGAAUGCCUGCAUACUCUCGCCGGACACACCAACAGGGUGUAUAGUCUUCAGUUUGAUGGCAUACACGUAGUGAGCGGAUCCCUGGAUACUUCCAUUCGUGUUUGGGACGUGGAAUCGGGACAGCUGAAGCAUACACUGACGGGCCAUCAGUCCCUGACUUCGGGCAUGGAGCUGCAUUCCAACAUACUGGUGUCAGGCAACGCCGAUUCCACUGUCAAGGUGUGGGACAUCACUACAGGGCACUGCUUGCAUACACUGUCUGGUCCCAACAAGCACGAAUCAGCGGUGACGUGCCUGCAGUCGAGCAACCGCUUCGUGAUCACGUCGUCGGACGACGGCACCGUCAAGCUGUGGGACCUGCGCACCGGCGAGUUCAUCCGCAACCUCGUCAAGCUAAGCUCGGGCGGUACCGGCGGCGUCGUCUGGCGCAUUCGGGCUUCCGCCACCAAGCUGAUUUGCGCCGUCGGCUCCCGCAACGGCACAGAGGAGACCAAGCUCCUCGUGCUCGACUUCGACGUGCCCGGCGCGUGCCGCAAGUGCGACGAAUAGCAUCGACUCAACCGGCGCCUCCUGCGUCGAUACGCGAACCUCUACGCGCCGUGGCAUUGCUGAAACUCGCGCUUGCAAGUGGGCUGGUGCGACUGUGGCCGCAGACAACUCACAGUCGUGUUUCCCACCCGCGACCCUCCCGAGCCAGACGCUCUGACGCUGUUCCACCAGAUCAGGCAGCGGGCGAUGCUGAAGCACCGCCAGCGCGCCGAGCAGCCGGCGCCGGAUGAGCGCCCGCCUGAACCACAAGCUCAGGCGUAAGCGACAGCCUUCACUAGAGCAGACGUGUGACAUUUGCCAAGCGAUU